AACUUGCCUGCCAACUUGCAUGCAAUAAGCUUUCAUAAACGGAAGUAUUCUCUCACGCUGUGCGCUUAUCGCAAACACUCUGUAAUGCUCUGUGCUCUCUCCGAGCACCUGUAAAUAUAAGCCCCCUUUAGCACACAGAAAUAGAAUUUAGUCACCACGCAUUCGGCAGUGAAAGGUUGUACCUAUACGCGCGUUAUAACAGGAAAGCGAAAACAAAUUGGACAAUGGGAUUUACCUGUGACAUCCGUUUUCCCCACAACUGGGCGGAAGAAUUCUAUUGCGGCGAGAAGCUGCUGCUUUCCAUCGAACUCAAAUGCCGGCGAACGGCGUUAAUUCGUGGUUUGGCGUUGAACGUUUCCUGUCCGAACGCGGAGUAUAUCGAAUCCUUCGACUACAGUCACUACAUCGAUGAUCAGGAUUCUGAUACUGGGAACACCAGAAAACAAACCACCGGUAUUAGCAAGUAUGAAACGGAUUUUUACCUUCUCAAUGAAAAUGAGGCAGCGAUAAGUUUAACACCAGGCACGUACGUGUUCAAUUUGGAAUGCUACUUACCAGAUAAAAUUAGAGAACAAGAUCUUGGGGAGGCCGAGGAAUUAAAUUACACAUUUGCAGUGAAAGUAAAAAAAGUGUUGAAAAAUGACCGCGAAAAAGUGACCCCUGUUCCGGUGCUCGAAUUGUUGAAAGGCAAGCAGCCACAAAGGACGUGUUUUGUUUGGCCAGGACCGUUUUUAUGCAUCUCAAACUUUUCCAUAGCUUCUGGUAUCGUCAGUUGGCACUACGUGGCGAACGUUCGGCACACGAACAAUCGUUUUCGACAAUCGUCCGACAGUGAGGAGGAUGGUUUGGAAAAUUGGCUCGGUGCUAUUCUACUGGACAAACACAUUCUACCGAGUGAUGACAGUUGACCAAGAGGAUGGAAAGAAAUGCGGUUUGGUUUUGAACUGGAGAGACUUAGACUGAGAUCAUCUUAUCAGUACUGUGGCAGAUGCGAUUACUGGGACAGCCCCUGUACUCGCGUACCGCGACUAUUUCAACCAAGGUUGGUUGAACGUGAACUGAUAAACUCCUGAACAUCCGGAUAGAAUACUGGUUGGUAAUUUGGCGAAGUAGAUAAAAGUAGCAGGUAUUGUGAAUCCAGAAAGGCAUGUUAAGAGUAAUAUUAUGAUAAUGCUGCGGAUUUUCAAGCAUUUGUCUGCCAUAAACAAAGUUUAUUCUUUACAAAAGGCCAAGGAUUUGUAAUAUUUUGUGUGGAAAUACUGAGCUAUACCAGUAAAACGGGUACUUUAUAAAUAAUUUUGAAACACCGACUUUGCAAGGUCUGAGUUUCUGUUGAAUAUAUUUUAUGAGAGUGCGUAUCUACAAAGUAAAAAAAUAGCAUAGUUUUUCAGGAAAAAAAACCAACUUAUUCUUUUCAAUAACAUACGGAUGACAAAGAUUUACAAGUAAAAAAUUAGUUCUGUGAAAAUGCCCGCAUAACGUGAAGUCUAAAAUUCUCGAAUAUUUUUAGUACUCUAAAUGUUUAAUGAUGCAUUCAUAGCUAACAAUAAGAAUUAUAAUACGAGCUUGUUUCAAGUAGUGAAGUAAACUGUGAAUCGUUCGUGAAAGAUGUAAAAAAUUAUUUUUUAUUAUUCUAUAAAAUAUUCUCUCGUGUGAUUAUUGAGUUUAGAAACAAAAUUGGUACCAAAUAUAGAAAAAUAUUUGUUAUCAGUAUUAAAGAUACCAUUAAAUGAUUAUGAUAAUUCUGUAGUUUUAGAUAGUUUCCCCAAGACUGCUUAAAGUGUUUUCACAGUUAGUGAAUUCGGACGGAUAGUCAGCUUUUGGCACAAUUUGUUCCACAUUUACAAUAUAUGUAUAUAAAUGUAUGGAAACAAAAUCAUUAUCAAAUUCAAAGAUCCAAACUGUACAUUUUGUUUAUUGGCCCAAAUAAACGACCUGAACAAAACUUCA